AUGAACAUCAAUCACUUUCUUUCAUAUAAAUUGGCUUUCACUGCUCUGCUCCUUCUCUUCAACUUAGGAAUUUAUGCACAUGGCGAAUCCAAAGUUCAUAUUGUUUACAUGGGAACAAGACAACAUGAUGAUGCACAACUCACAACAUCAGCUCACCAUCAAAUACUUACUUCUGUCCUCGGAAGUGAAGAAGCUGCAAGAGAUUCAAUCAUCUACAGUUACAAACAUGGUUUCUCUGGCUUCGCUGCCAAGUUAACAAAAUCUCAAGCCAAAAAGAUUGCGGAGUUACCUGAUGUGGUCCAUGUGAUUCCAAAUCACUUGUACAAGUUACACACAACAAGAAGUUGGGAUUACCUUGGCCUGUCCACAUCUUCUCCUCCAACAAACCUCCUUCAUCAAUCCAACAUGGGAGAUAGCGUCAUCAUCGGUGUCCUUGAUACAGGAAUAUGGCCAGAAAGUGAAGCAUACAAUGACAAAGGCCUUGGGCCAAUUCCUUCAAAAUGGAAGGGCCACUGUCAGUCUAGUACAGAUUUCGAUCCUGCUAAGGCAUGCAACAGGAAACUAAUUGGAGCAAAAUACUUUAUAAAAGGUUUAGAAGCAGAGCUGGGAAGGCCAAUAAUCAAGGAUCCUAGUUUUCUUACGAAAGAGUUCGCGUCACCAAGGGAUAGAAAUGGACAUGGCACACACACAUCAAGCACCGCAGGUGGCUCCUUUUCACCAAAUGCAAGUUACCAUGGACUUGCUUAUCGCACAGUUAGGGGUGGUGCACCCAAGGCUCGUCUUGCUAUGUACAAGGUGUGUUGGGACUGGCCUAGAGGAGGAUGUGACUUUGCUGAUGUAAUUAAGGGUAUUGAUGAAGCAAUUCAUGAUGGAGUUGAUAUUUUAUCACUAUCUCUUGGCACAAACACACCUCAGUUCGCUGCUGUUGAUAUGCAUAGUAUUGGUUUUCCAUCUUUCCAUGCUGUCAUGAAUGGAAUCACAGUCGUUUGUUCGGGGGGAAACGAUGGACCAAUUCCCCAAACAGUAGACGAUACAUCACCAUGGAUAAUAACUGUGGCAGCUUCUAGUAUUGACAGGUCCUUUCCCACACUCAUUACAUUAGGCAACAACCGGACUUUCACUGGUCAAUCCCUGUAUACCGGAAAGGAGACUGGUUUUAUCAGCAUUGUACAUCAAGAGAGCUCUGAUUUUGAAGAUAAUCACUAUUGCGACACCUUAAAUACAAAUGAUACAUGGGCGGCUGGAAAAGUGGUGCUUUGCUUCCUGGUUAAAGGAGACGAGAACGAUUUAGGAACAGCUCUACAAGUUGUCCAGGUGGUUGGAGGCUUGGGAUUGAUUGCUGCUAAGAAUCCAACCAGAACCCUGGAUUAUUAUGCUUCUGACUUCCCAAGUAUUGGAGUAAGUUUCGACAUUGGAGCUCAAUUACUCGAUAUCCGAUUCUUUUCCAGGAAUCCACAAGUAAAGCUGAGUCCUACUAGAACUCAUAUUGGAAAACCUGUUUCAACACAUAUUGCAUCCUUCUCAUCUCGAGGUCCCAAUUCUGUUGCCCCCGCCAUACUUAAGCCAGAUAUAGCAGCUCCAGGAGUCAAUAUAUUGGCUGCUGUUCCUCCUUCAGAAACUCCGUACGAAUUUGAAUCAGGAACAUCCAUGGCAGCUCCUCACGUGUCUGGCAUUGUUGCGUUGCUCAAGUCCCUGCACCCACAUUGGUCUCCAGCUGCUAUCAAGUCUGCACUUGUCACAACAGCAUGGCAAACGGACCCUCAUUCAGGGGAACCAAUUAUAGCAGAGGGAAAUACAGAUAAGAUUGCUGAUCCGUUUGAUUUUGGUGGUGGACUCGUGAAUGCAAAUGCUGCAAAAGAUCCUGGCCUAGUCUAUGACAUGGGAUUCUCGGACUAUGUUUUUAGUUAUUUGUGCCCAAUGGGCUAUAACACAAGUGCCAUCGGUAGAAUCAUUAACGGAUUUGUUACUUGUGCAAACAAAAUGCCUUCCCUUGUUGAUUUCAAUGUCCCUUCUUUAACAAUACCAAGUCUCAGGAAAACAGUUACUGUUAAAAGAACAGUCACCAACGUCGGACCAGUGAACUCCAAAUAUAAGGCUUUCAUUGAGCCUCCACUGGGCAUUACCAUAAAAGUAAAGCCUGAAACUUUGAUAUUCAACUCCAGCACCAAGAAAAUCUCAUUCACUCUCACCAUUUCAACCAGUCACAAAUACACAACAGGCUAUUAUUUCGGGAGCUUAACUUGGACUGACGGGGUGCACAAAGUAAGAAGCCCAAUAUCUGUGAGAACAGAGUUCCCUGAACUUGCUGGUUAAAGUAAAAGAUGGAUGCAAGAGUUGGUUAAUUUAUUUCUAUGCACUUAUGUAAUCUAAGUAUGAAGCAGUGGUUUCACGAUUGAGCUUCUAUGCAAGAAAAAUAUUUUUAUCUUUCCUU